AAUAAAUAUUGGCUAUCCAAUAAUUUUUAUUGUGCAAUUGUUUAUUCUUAGUCUUAUUUCUCUAUAAGUCUCUGUUUCCAAGGCAACUGUUAUGUUCUCACUCCUUACACUCUCAUCUUUCGUUUUUCCUCUUCCCCUGUAUGUAAUAAUUAUGUUAUUUUUUUUUCAUUACAAACAUGUUAUUAUACAUAUAACAGGCUGAAAAUCACUAACAGAUGUGUAUGAACAUCUGGACAAAAUUGUGAAACAAUCACACUUGGCCAGACAUUGCUUACUCGUCUGUCUUGCUUGUGCUGGAAUAAACAGAUAUUUUUUACUUUGCUUCAAAACUACAAAUGAAACAUGGACAUUUGAAAAAAUGGUCAGGUAAAGGCAUGGAUUUAUGGGUAUAAUGGGUAAAGAUCAGGGACAUUUUUUGAACAUUUGCUGUUGACACCCUGGCAAAGCUUUCGUUCAAUAGGAUAUCGCAUUAGAGGCUGCUACAUUAACUGCUGUUUGAGCUCUUGGGUGAUUUUCCUAUCUUACUGAUCAAGAUUUUUCCUGUUGUUGUGGGUGGUGUUAGUAGUAGUUACAAAUUAAUUCGGAAGCACCCACAGAAAUAGAUCGAGGAGUACUCCAAGGUGGGUACCUUGGAGUACUACAACUGGGUAGUUGGGAUCUAUCUGGCUUUACAAACCUGUGUUAAAAACAUGGAUUUAUCAAUCGAUCGAAUCCAAAGAUCAACCACAGAUAUAAUAACAAUAAUAGAUUUAUGGAGUUAUAUGCAUGGAAUUAGCAUGGGUUUAAUAAGUAUUACGGAGUACCUAUUAAUACCAUGGGAAUUAGUAGGUACUCCGUAUCAACAAAAAAUAAUAAGAAAUAGGCAAGUCCUCUUGUAUCAAUCGAUUAUCGAAACUUUUUUUUGUAAAAGAACUGGCCACUUAUUUUAACCAUAGAGUAGCUUUUUAUUAUAGGCACUUUUGUCAUUAGAUAUAGUCAAUCGCUAGAGCAAAUUCGAAGUUAUUAAAAAUUGUUUAGGAUUUUCAAAAUUUCUUAUGCAUUUAAUCGCCGACACGACUCUUCGCAAGAACAUGGCGUCUCAUAUAUUAUGAAAACAAAAUAGAACUUCCGAGUUUAUAAUGAAAGGACGAGUUGAGAAAUAGGAGUUUCAAAUUUAAAUUAUGCACCUUAGUCUCGCUUCUCUGUCUGAAACACGCGUGCUGAAUAGGCUCGCUCAGCUUGUGCAGUAGACAGGGGCAUACAGAGAGCGGUGGUGAGAGGUCAGUAGGCUAGGUGACGUCUCACCCACAGCUGGUCAUUAUUGUGUUGACCGCUAAGGUGCAAAUAAAUCAUCAAAAUGGGGGUCUUUAAAAUGCCUACAGUUCAAGAGUUCUUAGAUAAAAAGGUUUGCUAUGAUCCAAAAAAGACCCCAGUAUGGGAGUAUUUAGAAGAAGAAAUGCUUGCAAACAUCGACAAAAAACCAUACAACAAAAAAGUCGGGGCAUGGCUUAAGUACUUGAGAGAUUUAAAAUAUUAUCAAUACUGUGAAGAGAGAAAAGUACUACAGAGAUUGGAAAUAGAGGUUGGUCCUGCAUGGUACAUAGAGCUCUCGAGUUACCAAAGAAGUGUUCUUGCCUGUCUCAGUAGCAAUAUCCAUCAAGACAUACUGGAAGGUACACCAAAUCGUGUUCGCCAAUCUUUAAGAAACCUUGGUGUUACCUUGAAGAUUCCGAAGAAGAUGCUAAUUCGAGCAAUGAAGGAGAGUGAAAAUGAUAUUGGAAUUUUCAUAUGGUGUCUUUACACGGCAUAUUAUAAAUCCCCACCCAGCGAGCCUAAAAAAACUUAUAGUAUGAACGCAAUGAUUCUGAUGUCGUCGUUAGUUUUCAUCGACUUAGAGGAAUGUAUAACCAGUCUGGAGAAUUUGGUGAAGCUGAAGAAGCCUUCCCCACCAACAUCGCCAAAACCACAAAAGAAGCCUGUUGUACCUACUUGUCGCUAUGGUGUAUAUUUACAGAAACCUAAAAAUGUACAAUUAUAUUCUAACCAUUCUUCUGGAGAUGAAAAAAAACCUGAAACACCGAAACUUGAUUAUAAAUUUCGAUUGCGAAGUCAAGCGAGUUAUACAGCUUUACGCAUGGAUCACAGUUUUCUGAAAAUACGUAAAGAGAGAAUCAAACGAGAUAAAGGCGAGACGAGAGUUUGUAAUUUUAAAUUCUGGGAACCGCCAACUGGUCUACGCAGUGCUGAUCCAGCAAUGGCAGCGUAUGCAGGAAAGAUGAAAAUGUUAAAAAUAAAAGCCAAACAAAAAUAUAAAGCUCCUUAUAAAAAUAUCCAAUAUCAAGUUGGCGGAGUUUCGUUUAGUGGAGGGAAACCGAACUAUGUUUUGUCAAGCGUUGGCAUGUUAACCACCGGAUACAUUCCCAUCAACGCAGGCAUCGUGUGUAUUGGCAAUGAGAACGUGACCACUCUUCAUGGAUACUGGAUGUUUCCCAAAACUGUCAUUAGUAAAUGUGACGACAAGUGCGAUUGUCUACGAAAAUGGGAACAACCAGUCAUGGAGUAUUUGCAAAAGUCGAAAUGUAGGUGCGGACAUCUGUACGAUUAUUACCAUGAAGGGAAACCUGAUGAAAUUUAUAUCAAGCCACCAACGGAGCAUGGGCCUUUCACUAUAGACAAGUCUAAGAUUUACCAAAUGGAUCCAAUGGAAGAUUUCAUCAAAGAUACUGUCAGAGACGCUGUUAAGUCUGCAGAUGACUCGGCAUUCCUAGCGGAUCUCUCGAACACGGCUCUAAUAAUACCACAUUUGCCAGACGCUUGCUUAUUGAACAACUUGCAAGAGUGGGUUAGAAAGAGAGUAUUCGGUCCUCUUACACAAAAGGAACACAACCAAAUGAAGUUGCAAUCUCUUCGGCGAUGGUUGGAUCUUAAACAUAUGGACUUCCGAGCGCGAGCUGGCAUGAUGCCCUUCACCCUCACAGAACUGGAUCACAUGGACUGGUCCUAUCGCAAUCAAGUUCAAGUAUUGUUCUUGAACUUGCUAGAGGAUUUCACUGUAAGAAACCAGUUGAAGCAAGUUGAACAGGCUCGUCUCUGGUGGCCCACGAUGAAAUACGAUGCCUAUCCGAAUAAAUCUUUUCGGGAUGUAUUUUUUACAUAUAUGCCUAGCCGACUGAAGGACACUUUCAUGGUGAAUCCCUACAGUUCCGAAAACACCCCUAAAUGGGGAGCUAAAACGUGCCCCUUGUGAAUUCGGUGUCUAUUUUCAAUUUGUCCUUUUAUUUCUAUAACUCGAUCUGUAUUUAAUGUACUUCGUUGAUGUAAAUUUGUUAAAGUUU